CUUUCCUUCAUCUUCUUCCCUCCAUCUUUCACAAUAUCGUCUCUACUAAUAAGACAACUCACUUUCUUUUUUGUAUUCUUAUAAUACACUUAUCUGCUUUCAUCUCUUGCGGCCUAUUGACUUACGAUGUGGAUAGAAUCACCGGCUGCUCGCGGCCCUCGGCUUCUGGGAUCGCUGCUCCUGGCCAUCACGCUCCCCCAUGCCAUCACCGUCCAGGCGGCUGCUAUACAGCAGGAGAUUAUCUUCCAAAAAGAGACACCAGGACAUGUCGGCGGCGUUGCCAGUGAGAGCAGAGAAUGCAGCGCCAUAGGCAGAGAUUUGCUGGCUAGAGGGGGAAAUGCCAUAGAUGCCCUCGUAGGUACGACGUUCUGUGUUGGCGUUAUUGGCAUGUAUCACUCAGGCAUCGGCGGCGGAGGCUUUGCUGUGGUCCGCGAUGCCAACGGCGAGUAUGAAGCCAUCGACUUCAGAGAAGCUGCGCCAGCCGCGGCCUUUGAGGACAUGUACAAGAACAACGCAAGCGCAAGCAUCCGCGGCGGACUUGCUGUCGGCGUCCCCAGCGAGAUCAAGGGGCUGGAGUACAUGCACACAAAGUACGGCGUCCUCCCCUGGAAGACGGUCAUGCAGGGCGCCAUCCAUGUGGCUCGCAAUGGAUUCCGAGUUUCGAGCGAUCUUGUACGGUACAUGAGUAGCACGUUCAAGGCGGACGGAGGGACUUUUCUCACCAAGGACCCCAACUGGGCGGCAGACUUUGCCCCUGAUGGGGAUUUGGUCAAAGAAGGUGCCUGGAUGACGCGGAAACGCUACGCAGACACGCUUGAGAAGGUUUCCAAGCAUGGCUCUGAAAUAUUUUAUUCCGGAGAACUAGCAAAGACCAUUGUCGACUAUGUUCGACGCACCGGCGGGACAAUGACUCUCGACGACAUGGCGAAUUACAACGUCGUCAUCCGUCCCGUUCACAAUGUGACUUAUCGCGGCCUCACUCUCCAUGGCAUCGGUUCCCCCGCCGGCGGCGCCGUCAGUCUCCAGAUCCUCAAAAUCAUGGAGCGCUAUGACUCGGAAGACUGGUCUGACCAGGACCUAUCCCGCCAUCGCCUCACCGAAGCCAUGCGCUUCGCGUACGCCGCCCGAAUCAGCCUCGGCGAUCCAGAGUUUGUAGAUGCCGAUGUGGAGGGUUUUGAAAAGGAGAUGCUUGACCCGAAGAACAUUGAUGCCAUUCACGAGAGGAUCUGGGAUAAUCAGACGCAUCCUACAAAGUACUACAACCCGGAGGAAUUUUACGUGCCGGAGAACCAUGGCACCUCGCACAUUGUGGCUGCUGACAAGUCUGGCAUGGCCGUCUCCUUGACGACGACUGUCAACCUCCUUUUUGGAGCCCAAAUCGUCGAGCCUAAAACCGGCAUCAUCCUAAACAAUGAAAUGAACGACUUCUCCAUCCCGGGAGUCAGCAACGAAUUCGGCUUCGCCCCCUCCGUAGCAAACUACAUCCGCCCCGGCAAACGCCCCCUCUCCUCCAUCACCCCCAUCAUCGCCGCCUUCCCCAACGGCACCCUCUACGCCGCCAUCGGCGCCGCCGGCGGCUCCCGAAUCAUCUCCGCCACGGCCCAGGUCCUAUGGCACGUCCUCGAUGACCACGACGCCACUCUGGCGGGUGCUCUGCAGCGACCGCGUCUUCACGAUCAGCUCAUGCCGAAUACCGUCCUGCUGGAAGAAAUGUUCGACGAUGAAGUGGCUUUGGGACUGGAGAAGAGAGGGCACAACGUGACUUGGGCUCGGCCGGGCUUGAGUUCCGUACAGGCCGUCAGGAGAUUCACCGACGGUGUGUUUGAGGCGGCGGGCGAGCCGAGACAGAAGAACAGCGCGGGAUACACGCUGUAGAAGGGGGGCAUGGAGUUUUGUGAAAGGGAAGCGUAUGGGUAUGGGUCAAUGAAUAGAGGUUAGACAUUGCAGUGAUACCAUUAGCAUUAGCGCAAACAUUUUGGUUUUCUUCUUGAAUAUGCUCGUCUUGCCGCUUUUUAUUCUAUUCUUGAGUUCUGUCUCCAUAAUCUUUGCCUCAAAAGCAAGCAACAUCUAUAAAUGUACCCUCCGCUAACCAGUCUAUCAAUAAAAGAAAAGGGGGUAUCUCCUAGUUCUAUAUACCUAGCAUUCUGCAAUAAACACGAAACCAAACGAUUAUUCUUCACCUUCUUCUGCAAAGUGCC